AUGGCAGAACAAGGCUGUAUUCGAGUCUCGGUGCCUUUUCCAUUAGUAUAUUCCCCGACAACGUUUGAUUCGACCAACCUACAUGUGUCGCACCAAGGGCGAACUACACGACUCCCGUUGGGAUCAUCUUUGUCUGAGGAGUACUGCCUGAUCAGCUGGGCACUCCUGGCAAGCUUGUAUCAUGGAUCAACAAUCGUCCUGUUGAAUGGCGUCCUGCCCAGUGAACUCAGGAGUCCUCGUGAGCCGUGUGCGGAUGCCAUAGUGGACAUGGCACCAGCUUCUGAAAUAAACUCCUUAGAACGUCAAAUGGCAGAAUUUCUUCAGCAGAUCAAGCAUUCCCAGGUGGAAAAUGGCGCGACCAAUGACGAACCCAAUGCUGUUUUGGAUUUCGGAGAGCGGACAGCGAGUCUUCUGAUGCAAAGCGUACAAUCUAGUCAUUCUGUGACAGGAGAGUCCUUUCCCCCGAUUCAUGACGGGGAGGGUUUGCACCUACGCGUCAUCUGCCAGCCCAGAGAGCCCGGCAUCUCUUGGUUUUGUGAGGUGGUCUAUGAUGAGAAGCUGGUGGACAGAGAUGCCGCACAACGCAUCGCUGAACAGUUCGCACAUAUUUACAAGGAACUUGGGAGCCACUCAGGAGGUCUGCAGGCAACCAUCAACGAUCUCUCUUUGCUAAAUACGGCGGAUGAGCGUCAACUGACCGAGUGGAACCAUGAUCCUCCGGCUAUAAUCGAUGCGUGCUUUCAAGACCUGUUUGCCAUUCAGGUUCAUUCAGGCCCUGGACGGUUGGCUGUGUCGGCAUGGGACGGCACGCUCACCUACGGUCAACUUGAUGAGCUUGCCAAUCUGUCCGCACGACAUCUACUUGAACAAAAUGUCCAGCCUGGCAUGGUUGUUCCAUUGUUAUUUGAAAAAUCCAAAUGGAUGGCUGUUGCGAUGCUCGCUGUGGCCAAAGUUCGCGCCACUGCAGUAUGCAUCUGUAUCAGCCACCCGAUGGAUCUCAUCAAACGCAUUCUGUAUCAGUCCAACCCUGCGGCCAUUUUGUUGUCCAGAGCACAGGAACCACUCAUCCGCCAAAUCGGCGAGUCCCCGGUCCUCAUCAUCCCGGAGGAUUUGUCCAGUUCCCCUCCAUCAUCGACGACGCAACAGUCAGUAUCCACUGCUUUUCCCAGCGCCAGUUCGGACGAUGUGGCUUUCAUCGUCUUCUCGUCAGGCAGUACUGGCGUGCCCAAGGGCAUAGUCCUCAGUCAUCGGGCGAUAGCCACGGCGGGUCACUACGUGGGCGACAGGCUCCAAGUUACAUCAGAAGCACGUGUGUUACAAUUCUCGUCGUAUGCUUUUGAUAUGAGCAUUAUUGAGACAUGGCAGGCCUUGACACGCGGGGCCUGCCUUUGUAUUCCGUCCGAGACUCAACGCUUGAACAGUAUGCCUGAAUUUAUUCAGCAGCACCGUGUGACCUGGGCAUUCUUCACACCGACCACUCUCAGGAACUUUGAACCUAGCGAUUUCCCGACCCUCGAGACUCUUACCCUCGGCGGCGAGACAAUCCCUGUGGACCUGGUUCGUCAUUGGGAGAGCCAUGUGAGUAUCUUCAAUCUGUGGGGACCCGCGGAGGUUGGACCCGCUGGAGCUGGCCCAAUUUCACCGACAAGUGGGUGGAUUCCGGGAACCUUUGGCACGGCGGCCGGCUGCAUCGCUUGGAUUACGAUGCCCGAUGACAGUGACUCCCUGGCACCCAUUGGAACAGUGGGUGAGAUGAUCAUCGAGGGCGCUGUCGUCGCAGAUGGCUAUCUCAAAGACCCUAAACGCACGCAGCAGGUGUUCAUCGAGGCUCCUCCCUGGCGCGAGCGUUUCACAGAUAUUCCCGUCCAAUGUCGCUUUUUCAGGACGGGUGAUUUGUGCCAUUAUAACCCGGACGGCACCCUGCGCUAUGUCGGUCGCAGGGAUACUGUCGUCAAGAUCCGGGGCCAACGCGUUGAUGUCGAUGCUGUCGAACUGCAACUACGACAAUUGGAUCCACAUGUCGACUUCAUCGUCAGUGCGGUCAAGUUCCAUGAUGCUGAAGGUGCAAUGACACUCGUACAGUUUCUCGUCGACCCCACUGGAUUCGAAAUCGACUGGAGUUCACAGCGGCCCGGAGAGAGCAUCACCGCGCUCGAGUCUGGGUCGUGGGCUUUGAGCCAUCACUACCAGUCCCUUUUGCGCCCAUAUCUGCCUCAAUACAUGGUGCCUUCCCUUAUCAUCCCCGUGAAGUCUUUGCCCCGAACGGCUACCGACAAGGUGGACCGUCGCCGCCUCUGUCAGUGCUUCCAGCAAUUUUCCUCUUCGCAGUUGAUGGAGUGGCUAGGAGGAAAUCGGUCACUUUGUCUGGCAGAAGCACACUCCUUACCAAUGACACCUCAUGAAGAUGUCCUAGUGAAGGUUAUUUCGAGGGUGUGUAAGAUCUCAACAUCUUCUGUUGACCUGAAUGCUAGUUUCCUGCAACUGGGUGGCGAUUCCACGACUGCAAUCCGUCUCACCAGGGCGCUCUUGGCGUACAACCUGCUCCUUCAUACCGAACGCCUACUAGACAUUGAAUGCAGCCUUCGAACCGUCGCAAAGGAGGCGAGGCCAACUGAUGCAGUGACGUUGGCAGAUGGCCCCGCGCCAUUCUCAUUGAUUGAUGUGAACGAUACGAAUUCCAUCACCUGUUUGCGCCGUGUAGCCAGCCAGGAAUGCAAGAUCCAGGAGGAGGAUAUCCAGGACAUCUAUCCGACAACUUCACUACAAGAGGGUCUUCUGGCAGUCACGGAAAUUCACAGCGGCGAUGCGUAUGUUGACCGGGUUCUCUUCUCGCUCCCGGCGGACUGCAGCGUGGAAUUGGCUCAACAGGCCUGGCAGAAUGUGGUGCAAGCGACCAGCAUUUUCCGAACUCGUAUCAUCCAGGCGGAUGAUGGUCGUACGUAUCAGAUUGUGGUGCGCCCUGAACGGAAGAUUCAGUGGCAAACGGCGAGCUCGGAGUCCCAGUUUUACGAGAAAGACCGAGCUCUCUCCAUGGGCUUGGGGUCGCCGCUAGUCCGGCUGACCCUCAUCCAAGACUCGGAAGCCAGAGAACAGCCUACGAAGCUAGCUGUAACAUUUCACCACUCUGUCUACGACGGCUUCACGCUCCACGCAUGUAUCAAGCAAGCAGAGAAGGCAUAUACAUCGGAAACAUUAUUUCCAUCACCGUUCAUCGGCUUCAUUAACCAUUUGAAUCAGCAAAAUCUAGCUGACGGGGAGAGAACCCGUCAAUUUUGGCUAAAGGAGAUGGUCGAAUUGCAGAGCAAUGUCUUCCCUGCCCUUCCAUCGCCGCAACAUCUCCCACGCACAAGCACCUCGGUCGUAUACGAGGGUUGUCGGGCCAAUGCAGCCUAUUCGAAGCAAACUAGUAGCCCGUCUGCCAAGAUUCGUCUCGCCUGGGCGCUGUUGAUCAGCUUAUACACAGACUCGCCAGAUAUUGUUUACGGCACGGUCGUCGAUGGUCGCCGUGGACUGGGCGUCAUCCUUGGGUCCGUGCUGGGUCCUACCAUCGCCACACUGCCUGUUCGGAUAACCAUCCAGCGCGAGUCCACAGUAGAGGAGUCUCUUGCGCAAGUCCAGGAUAACAUGAAGAAGAUGAUCCCUUUCGAGCACACGGGCUUGCAACGGAUUCAGAAUAUGGGUCACGGUCCUGCCACAGCCUGCAAGUUUCAGAACUUACUCGUCAUACAGGCCGACGAAAUGAUCCCUGAUUCCCCAAUCUUUGGCCCAGUUGAAGUAUGCGUUGGUUCCGUCAAUAGCUUCCCCGGAUAUGCGCUCAUCCUUCAAGUGGCACAAUCAGAGACCUCGUGGAAGUUUGAAAUGCUAGUCGACGAAGCCGUCGUGCCCCGUGAGCAGGCAGAGCUCAUGCUGUCUCAAUUGAGCCACUUACUCAAGCAAAUCGAUGAUUGCGACACCCAAAAUCUGACUAUUGCGCAACUGGACCUCAUAUCGGAUCGGGAUUCUGAAUUGCUUUCUACCUGUCUCACGAGCAUGCCAGCCUGCUUGGAUUCUACAAUUGUAGAUCUUGUGGAGGCCCAGGUAACUCGCAAUCCAUCGAAAUGUGCGGUUUCUGCGUAUGAUGGGGACCUCUCUUAUGCAGAAUUAAAAUCCAGUGCGCACCAACUGGCGCAGUUGUUACUGCCGCUCAUUGUCGGUCAAGACAUUCAAUUCAUUCCCAUUUUCCUUGAGCGGUCCUACUGGGUCCCCAUCGCAAUACUCGCGGUGGCCAAACUGGGUGUCGCCUUCGUCCUGCUGGACCCCAAUCAACCUCAUGAGCGCAACGUAAAAAUAUGCCGUGCUAUUUCAGGAACCCUGGGGAUCACAUCAGCACGAAUGCAGAAUUUGGCGUCGACAAUAUGCGACGGACCCUGGAUUUCGCUGUCUACCGAAGCGCUGAUCUCCCACGCCCAGGCCGUGUCAUCAGGGUCAACAACGACAAUGCCACCCAUGCCGAACCCCAGUCCCCGCGACCUCUUGUACGCGGCCUUCACCUCUGGUUCAACUGGUGAGCCCAAGGCAGUGCUGAUCGAGCACGCCUCCUACGCCUCGGCCAUUAUAGCGCAGCAAAACAAAUUGGAAAUAACUUCCAUUUCUCGAGUUCUGCAGCUUUCCUCUUACGCUUUUGACUCGUUUGCAGUGGAAAUCCUGACAGUUCUUGCUAGCGGUGGUUGUGUCUGCAUUCCUUCGGAGUCCGAAAUUGCACAGGACCUAGGCCGCAUCAUUGAGAAAUAUCGGAGCAACUGGCUUUGCAUCACGCCUUCUGUGCUGCGGUUGUUGACUCCUGACGAUGUGCCAAGCCUCCGUACUAUUGUUGCUGUAGGUGAGUCGAUGCUCCCAGGCCAAAUCAAGCAGUGGUGCAGUCGUGUACAUCUCUACUGUGGCUACGGUCCGACCGAAUGCUGUACAGGGGCUGCCGCUCAUCGGGUCAUGUCCACCGACGCAGACGCUCGACUGAUCGGAAAAGGAAUGGGCGCAGUCCUAUGGGUAGUUGACAAAGAAGAUGUGACCAGACGUAUGCCAAUCAAUACAGUUGGCGAACUGAUUCUUCAGGGCCCUAUCGUCGGUCGUGGGUACCUGAAUAACCCCACAAAGUCGUCCGAAUGCUUCCUGCAGCCGCCUUCGUGGGCAGCACAGUUCAAGGACCAGCAAGCCUCGCGUAUGUAUCGCACGGGCGAUUUGGUCCGUCGCAACUUGGAUGGAACCUUCACUUUCCUGGGUCGCACGAAUCAACACACGAAGCUUCAUGGACAACGUAUCGAUCUAGCAGAAGUUGAACGCCAUGUCCUACGAUUAUUUGGCACUGAUGCCAGCGGGAUUGCUGCUAUUCUACAACCCACUAAAUCGGACAUGCCCCCCUGCUUGGUGGCCAUGGUGCACAUUCCAUCGCUGGCUGCCAACGAACCGGAUAUCUCCGACAUGAACGGACUUUCCAAUAUAGCGUUCCAAUCCCAUAGUCAUGACUUCCCUCUUCGAGCAUCUCGGGUGCAAGAAGAAAUGCGACAAAAUUUCGCUCCAGUGAUGGUCCCUGAGCUGUACCUGCAGCUGCGGAACAUUCCCUUGACGAUCUCGGGCAAAGUCAACCGUCGUUCGCUCCUUGACGAGGCCACGAAGCUGAGCCCAGUCGAUCUACAUAAUCUAGGAGGCCUGAGCCGAGACGAGAGCACGAGCACAGGGCUCUUGGAUCACACAGAUGAGCCAGUGGCCUGGGAGUUGUCCAAGCACAUUGGUCAACUUCUCCAGCGCAAAACGGGCCAUGACAAAAUGGCAGCUGAGAUUGUUGGUCGAAAUAUUGGCUUGUCUCGCGUUGGUCUGGACUCAAUUGAUAUUAUGGCGUUGUCCCAGUUCAUCUCCCGUCACUACAGUUGCUCCAUCUCAAUGACGAAUCUCUUUGACAGUGCUUUGACCGUCAGAAUGGUUGCAGAGAUGAUCGAUCGCACAGCCAACUCAGUCACGGAGAAAGCUCUGUUAUCACCCGGCUGGUGGGACAGGGUGCAAGGUAUGAUACGUCAAAUCAAAGACCUACCUGCCUGCCAGUCUUCUCAACGGACGAUACAUUCUCGGCCACCAGGGAAACGUCUUUUCCUCACUGGGGCUACAGGGUUCUUGGGAACACAUAUUCUUCACCAGCUCCUGCUCGACAACGACGUUAGCAUGGUAUACGUGUUGGUACGGGCACUUUGUCCACGAAAGGGACUAGCGCGCAUUAUUCAGGCCGCACGACUCGCUCGAUGGUGGCGGGACGACUACCGACGUCUCAUUCAAGCUUGGCCUGGCGAUCUCUCCCAGACGCAUCUAGGUCUGGCUGAAGAACACUGGGAAACACUUUCUGGCACCGAAAACAGCCUGAAUUCUUCCAUUGGUACAGUUGACGCGAUCAUUCACUGCGGUGCGGUCAUCCACUGGGGCUACGAUUAUGACACUCUAGAGGCUGCGAAUGUUCGCAGUACAUUCGAAAUAUUGCAAUGUCUCAAUCGCUCUCCAACUCCUAUUGCCUUGACUUACAUCUCUGCGCUGAUACCAGGUGAUGCCGCCCUCCCAACAACGGAUACCGAUAAUUACGCAAACAUGUCAAAUGGUCACACAGUCCUUUCUCCGAUUGAACUUAACGAUGGUUAUACACAAACAAAGUUUGCCUCAGAACAGCUAAUCGGAGCCUUUUCAGCGCGGCACAAGGCGCAUUCCCUGACCAUUGUGCGGCCUGGUUUCAUGAUCGGACCUGUCAGCAACGCAGUGGCCAACGGGGACGACCUCCUCUGGCGUGUGGUGACGACUGCGAUGACCACUUGCAGUUACAACUCGGACGAGUCUGACAAUUGGCUCUUUGUGGCCGCUGUCGACUGGGUCGCAAGCCUGAUCAUCCAUGAAACACUCCACCCUUGGCCGUCACCUCACAAUGUCAAUGACAAUGCAAGUUCCCUGGCACCCUUCGCAAAAGCUGUGACCAUAGGUGACGGGCUAAGUAUGUCGGAUUUCUGGCAAGCGAUCAUGCUGGGGAUCGGAAGAGAUCUGAUUCCUUCCUCUUCACAAACGUGGAUGGACACAGUUGAACAGCAAGUCGACGAUGUGGGCACAUCGCAUCCCUUGUGGCCGCUGAUGGGUUUCCUUCGCGCUUCUGGGGGCUGCCUGGGUGUUGCACCUACUGAUCCCUUGCCUGUGCCUACUUAUCAACCGCCCUCUUUGACAAAUAUGAUCCGCCAGGCUGUGGUGCGCAAUGCCGAAUACCUGGCGUCACUUGAGGACCUGGCUGCCUCUACAAUGCUGUUCAAACGGCGCAACAAGGUCGUCUUGGGGAAUGGACUUAUCACAUCUUAA